AUGAGUCAGACCGCUCGUCUCUACGACUCCGGCGAGACGUCUCCUGACCUCUACCAGGAGGGCGGGGACGAGCUCGUCCGCCCCAAGUCUGGUGGCGGCAGGAAGAAGCUCUUCUGGACCAUCGGUGCCGGUGUGGCGCUACUUGCCAUCCUGGGUCUUGGCCUGGGACUCGGUCUCGGCCUGGGUCUCCCGGACAAGAACAAGAACGAGAACAGCUCGGGCAAGGACAGUGCCGCCGACGGCCAUUCCUCCACCGAUGCGGAGCCGACCAAGGCACAGGACGACCCGCGGCCCACACCCAACGCCCAGCCGAAACCUGAGCCAAACUACUUUGAGGGCAAGACGGGCUCCAUGAUCAAGAUGGAGAACGGAAGGGAGUUCAGGUACACGAACGACCUGGGCGGCGACUGGGCGUACGACAUCAAGAACCCCUUCAACGCCUCGGGCCUCGCACAGACCGGCACGCCCCGUGUCAACGAGACGUGGGAGUAUGGAAAGGACCUCAUCCGCGGUGUCAACCUUGGUGGAUGGCUCGUCACUGAGCCGUUCAUUGUGCCCGGGCUUUACGAGCGAUACGUCGGCCGGUCUACCGUCGAUAUCAUCGAUGAGUACACUCUGACGCAGGCCAUGGGCGCCGACGCGGCCGAGGCGAUGGAGGAGCACUACAAGACGUUCAUUACGGAGGAAGACUUUGCUGAGAUCGCCGCCGCGGGCCUGAACUGGGUCCGCAUUCCUAUGGGGUACUGGGCGAUCGAGACUCUUCCCGGGGACCCGUACGUCCCCAAAAUUUCCUGGACCUACUUCCUCAAGGCGGUCGUGUGGGCGCGCAAGUACGGUAUUCGUAUCCUGCUCGACGUUCACGCUCUGCCCGGCUCGCAGAAUGGCUGGAAUCACUCGGGCCGCGGCAAUGGUACGACCAACUUUAUGGCUGGCGCUGGUGGCCUCAUGAAUGCCCAGCGCUCCCUCAACUACCUCCGCACCCUAGCCGAGUGGGUUUCUCAGCCGGGCAUCAAGGACGUCGUUCCUAUGCUCUCGCUCGUCAACGAAGUCCGCGGCUCGUUCACCGACCUCGCCAUCCUCGGUUCGUUCUACCACGAGGCGUACCAGGUUAUCCGCGGUGCUCUGGGCUACGGUGCCGGCAAUGGCCCCUUCAUCGUCCUCCAUGAGGGCUUCGUUGGUGCCGAGCGCUGGAUCGGCUUCAUGCCCGGCGCUGACCGCCUCGUCAUGGAUGCGCACCCGUACAAGGCCUUCAGUCCGGGAUCCUACAAUCUGCCCUGGUCGCAGCAGCUGGCAGACGUGUGCGGUUGGGGUCGCCCGAAUGCGCGUUCCAAUGCCGAGUUCGGUCUCACGAUCGGCGGAGAGUGGUCGCUCGCUAUCAACGACUGCGGCAAGUGGCUCAACGGCAUUGGCCAGAACGCUGGCUUCGGUGACUGCACCGGCUUCGAGGACUGGCGCAACUACGACGAGGCGAUGAAGACCAACCUCCGCAACCAGUGCAUGGGCACGAUGGACGCGCUGCGCGACUACUUCUUCUGGACGUGGAAGAUCAUGAACUCGACCGAGGUCGGAUACCCCACCUCGCCGCAGUGGCACUACCGCCUAGGCUGGCAGGAGGGGUGGAUCCCCAAGGACCCGCGCACUGCUAUCGGCUUCUGCGCGAGCCAGGGGCUCUCGGGACCGAACGAGGGCUUUGACGGCACAUACGAACCCAACAUGAUCGGCGGCGACCCCAACCCGACGCUCAGACCCGGCUCCUUCGCCUCGGCCGAGGGACAGUAUGACCAGUGGCCGCCCGCGGCACUCAAGAUGAACGAGGGCUCGACUAUGGCCGCCGCCCAAAUGGCCCUGCUCCCGACACUGACCCAGACCGCCAAGCCCGUCACCCUCGCCAUGCCGACCGAGUACAAGAGCGCCACCGGCGUCGGUAACGGCUGGACUAACCCCUCGGACACUGCCCUCGCCUAUGCCGAGGUCUCGGGCUGCUCGUACCCCGAGCAGUUUGCGACCGGAGCGUUCUGGGAUGCUCCCUGCGGUGGCGGCGGCGGUGCGGCUGCACCUGCAGUCGCGGCGCCCACCGAGGCUCCCGUCCCAACUGCUGCGCCCGUCGUCCCCGAGCCUGCUGCAGCUGAGGCGCCGGCCGUCGCUCCAGUGCCUGCAGCUGAUCCUGCUGCGGACCCCGCUGCUGAUCCUGCCGCGGUUCCGGCCGCCGAGCCCGUCGCUGAUCCGGCCGUGGUUCCAGCCGUCGAGCCCGCUGCCGUUGGUGUACCGGCCGAUGUUCCGGCCGCCGCUUGA